UCUUUCAUGGGCUGCGGUUUAGACUACUUUCUACAAGAACACGGCAGGCACAGACGCAGUCUGAGCCGAUGGUCAGUCAGUCCGCGGCAGAAGAUGAGUUUGGUUUCAGUGGGGACCUCGUUCCACCACUGUGGAAGCCAGGACGCUUGGCAGUCCCAAAGCAGGUGGAUAUGGGACAGGUGAUGUCAGCAGAAUAAACAGGAGAAAACCACGUCGUGGUCGGAGCUCAUGGACCCCUCGGCACUGCAAUGAAACGUGCUGCAGUUGCAGAAUAAACGGUUUGCAUAAAGUUUAGUUAUAAUUUAUACAGAUAACAUGAAACAGUUACCAGCUUGCAGAUGCACCGAAUGCCUUUUUCUGUUGCGCUGCUGUUUACAGUAAACACCUUCAUCCGCCACUGGGUAGCAGUAGCGGCGCCAAAGAAUUAUGAUCGCGGGAGCUAUGGGGGAAUAACCUGACUCGCCAGGUGAAUUUCGUUCUACCUUAGGUGGAACAAAAUGCAUCUGGCAAGAGUCAGUUUCAUGGGGGAAUGCCUGUUGUUACAGUGAAAGGUUGUUUUCAUUAUGAUAUUGUUUCAUUCUAAUAUAAAUUAUAGUUAUUAUUAUCCACGACUGAAGGCUCAUUUGCUUAGCCUUGGAACGUUAAAAAAAAAAAUCGCUGAUUUGUGAUUGGUUGCAAGGAGGAGAUGUGGCUGGCCGCCUUUCAUAUGUUUAACAUGGGAUGGAUGAUUUACCUCGCAACAGUGAAACUGAAUUGUGAUUGGUUAUUUUUUAUUCUCUUUGCCUCCCUUCAGUGACCAGCACCGGACGUAACAUAGUCAGAGUAACUUCGGCCAGCCUCCUGCCUUGCAAAGGCACGUGGCAAUUUUUUCAAAAUUGUUAACAUUUUCAUGUAAUUAAAAAAUAUAUAUUUUUAGAAUAAUUUCAUCAUCACGCAAAUCUUUUUAAAUCACGAGGCUGCGUUGCAUCCGUUGCCUCUAUUAAGGAACCGCCCCUGACGACGUCACACGGUUGGCUUCAGAUAACCUAUAGUAUCUGUCUGCGUCCUGCAAGACGGAGGCGUAACUUGUAGUAGGAGGCGUAACUUGUACUAGGAGGCGUAACUUGUUCUUUUCUAAAUCGCGGUCCACGCGAGAUCUUUCUAUUUUCGCGGUAAACAAAAAGCGUUGUAAAUCACGGUUCACACGAGAUCUUCAUUGAAGUCUGGUCUUCCGAUAUUCAUGACGGAAAGAAAAUUUAAGGCCUAAUAUUUGAGGUCCGAGUUGCGGUCAUUUAUGUACCUGCGCACCACUGCUACAUAGCCUACAGAUCACUUCCGCGAUUUAGAAAAGUACUAGACACGCCUCCGACUACAAGUUACGCCUCCGACUACAUGUUACGCCUCCUAGUGCAAGUUACGCCUCCUCCGACUAUAAGUUACGCCUCCUACUACAAGUUACGCCUCCGUCUGGCAGGACGCAGACAGACCCAACUCCAGAUAAACCCGGCCUGUGGCACGUGACGCAUGAACGGCGCGCGAUUUUUGAGCGAGAGGGACAUGAACGGCGGCCGUAUUAUUCGCGCAGUUUCAUUUGGACGGGAUUGUAUCUCACAGCGGAUCCGGUGAGCCAAUGAACAUAAGAAGUUAUGGCUAAAUCCAAACGAUCGAUGGCUUUCCUGGAAGGUUAUAUUCUGCCGGAUAAGGACCAGGAUGAAGCGGCGAGCGGCGACGACUCCGAGGGGGACGGCGAGGAGGACACGACCCCAGAGUUCCUCGACAUGGAGGUGAUGUCCGACUCUAACUCAAAGACGGCGUGGAUCAACCAGUCGCCGGGGCCGCCCAAGCGUAAAGUCCGAUUCAAGACGUUCAGUGGAGAUGAGGUCAGGGUGACGGGCCGUUUUGCCCUGAGCGCCCCCUGGUGGCACAUCACCUGCCGCACACAAGGCUCCAAGAAGAACUUGACCGUAAAGGGCUCUGCUUGGUACACGAUACGCACGGACCUGGACAAAGACGGAUGGAGGCCCAUUGUUUCCCUGUUUCUGGUGGCGUGCAACGUGACAGAUGAUUCAAUCCAACCGUUCUUCGAGUGGUUGCCCAAGGAACGCCUCGUUACCAUUCUGAACUUAUUGGAGGUCCUCACUGAGUUUGGGGACACAGACCCCCUGGCGCAGAACAUCAUUCAACACGUUUCAUCCUCAGAUGAAUACAGGGGGAUGCAGGCGUCCUCUUCUUACCCCUUGGUUAUGAAAUACUUACCGGUACUUUUACCGCGGCAGUUUGACGCUCUGCUUUCCUCCGCUAGUAGCGAGAACGUGGAUAGUCUAUUGGCCAAACUAGAAGACAUCAUUGAAAAUGAUGUGUGGAAGUUAGGGUUUUCUGAGGUUAUGCAUAAAGAACUGAAGUUGCGCUGCGAGGCCAAACUCAAGGCGUUCGAAGAUUGCGGCUUGCUCGAGACGCUGCCGCGUCUUCAGCACAACGCCCUGUCGGUGUACGAUGAGGUGAAGAGGUUCUGUGCGAACACGGGCAGCACCUACAUGGAAAAGGACAAACUCUGCAACAAUUUGAGAAAAUAUAUACCUGACGAACAGGUGUGGGAUACUCUCCCGUUCCUCAAGGAACUGGAGGUGAUGAUGUGGGACAGACAGAAAGUCGUGCUUCGAACACAUCACAAGUACGAAUCGGGCAUCGCAGACUGCCUGCGCCACCUUGUGGACGCCAAGCAGUGGACGAUUCCGAUAAACGCUCGGGAGGUUUUGUACGCUCACGCCCAGAGGAUUCGGAUCGCGAAAGAUCCAACGAUGGAUCCCUCGACCCUUUCCCCCGUGAAGGUGGACCCGGACCAGCUGCUGGCAGCCCAGAUGAUCUGCUCGGACCCGGUGACGGUCAUCAGCGGCUGCGGCGGCUGUGGCAAAACCACGGUGGUCAGCGAGCUGUUCCGGGCGGCGGUGGAGAAGGGACGCCCCGUCUCGUCGUUAGAGUACGCCGAUGCCUUCGAAGACACCGAGGACCCCCGGGAAGACCCCGGAGAACACAAGAAGGGGCCCUUCUACGGAGAUGAGUCUGGAGAGGACCCCCCAGGAUGUCAGUGUGGAUGCUCUGUGGGGGGCCGAGCGGGACAGAGCGGGGGGUACCAAGACCCCGGACACCUUCCUGGAACGUCCGACGAGGAGGAGGAGGAGGAGGAGGAGGAGGAUAUGGAGGAGGAGGAGGAUAUGGAGGUGGAGAGGCAGGACGAUAAUCUUUUGGAAAAGCAGAUCCUUUUGACCGCCCCCACUGGUCGGGCAGCAUCUCUGCUGACGAAGAAAACAGGCUUCCAAGCCUACACCAUGCAUCAGGUGAUUUGGAAGUUCAAUAAUGCAGAAAAAAAUGGUGACGGAGAGUUGAAUUGGGAGUUCGAGUCGGUGCGCGUCUUGGUGCUUGAUGAGGGCAGCCUUGUGCCGGUUGGUCUCCUGCACUCCGUCCUCUCCAAGCUCAUCAGCCACGCCGAGCUCCAGAAGUUCAUCCUCUUGGGCGACGUGAAGCAGCUGCCCAGCAUCCAGCCAGGGAGCGCCCUAGAGGACCUCUUCUCCAGCCUAAAUUCGGUCAAAUACAACGUGGAGAUGAGGAACAACCACCGCUCUGAGUCCGAACUCAUCGUCCAAAACGCGAAGCGAAUUGCCGCCAUAGGGAUGGGUCAAAGCUCUGAGCCGUUGGAGUUUGACCACGUCGUGAGCCUUCCCGGGCCGUUCAACAUACCCCCCGGCAAAAAGUUCAUCCACAUCUGUCUCCCUGCCCGCAAGGGCGAUGACGAUCUACAAAAGGCGGUCAAAUGGCUGAUGGGCUCAGCACCUGGGUUGGAUGAUGAUACAAAAUCUCAAUUCAUUGCAUACAGAAGGGCGGAUGUUGACUUGAUCAAUGAACUCUGUUGUUCCCACUAUAAUGAGCACACAACCAAAGAUCAUAAGGGCAAGUUUAAGUUUCAGCGUGGAGACAAAGUCUGUGUCACCAAGAAUGCCCUUAUUGGUCAGGAGGAUGCUAAAGCCCAAAGACAUCCUGGAGAUGAUGAUGAUAAAAACCUCAGACUCUGCAACGGAGAGAUAUUCUUCAUCACUGAGGACCACACAGAGGUGGACCACCGUGGCCGAAAGAAGCGCAAGCUGACCCUCGACGAGCGGCCGGGCCGCGUCAUCAAGGCCAAGUACCGGGCUCUGCUGGGGAGCUGCAAGCUGCGCCACGCCUGGGCCAGAACCAUCCACACCUUCCAGGGUUCCGAGACCGAAACGGUCGUGUACGUGGUGGGCACGGGCGGCUUCCAGAACUGGAGGACCGUGUACACGGCCGUCACCAGGGGCCAGAAGCGUGUCUACGUGGUCUCCACCGAAGAGGGGCUCCAGGCGGCCAUCAAGCGGAAGCCGGACCCCCGGCUGACGCGCCUCGCGGGCCUGGUCAAGGAGAAGGUGGUGCAGAUGGUUCAGGGGUCCCCCCGACUCCAGCGCGACCGACGCGGAUCGCCGAGGUCCACGCCCCAGUGGUCCACGCCACAGAAGGCCACGCCCCAGUGGGCCACGCCCCAGAAGGCCACGCCCCAGAAGGCCACGCCCCAGAAGGCCACGCCCCAGAAGGCCACGCCCCAGAAGGCCACGCCCCAGAGGACCACGUCCCAGAAGGCCACGCCCCAGAGGUUCACGCCCCUGAGGACCACGCCCCUGAGGACCAUGUCCCAGAAGGCCACGCCCCAGAGGUUCACACCCCAGAGGACCACGCCCCUGAGGACCACGCCCCUGGUCCCGCCGCGGCAGACACCCGGUACCAAGACCAUCGUUAAGCGCCUGUGGGCGGCGGGAGGCCCGGUGGAGGCUCCAGCUGGCUCGCCCGUGAAGGAGAUCGUUGACGACCAAACGGGAAAUGCCCGCAUCGGGGCAGCAGCAGCAGCCAAGACGGUGUUCGAAUUCUUUUCUACUCCCAGAAAGAAAACAAAGAUGCAGCAGCAGGUGGGCAUGGUCCCGGGGGCAGGCGGCGUGGCGACGGGGCCCACGGCGGACCCGGAGAAGCGCAAGCUGAUCCAGCAGCAGCUGGUCCUGCUUCUGCACGUGCAGAAGUGCCAGCGACGGGAGCAGGCCAACGGGGAGGUGAGGGCCUGUACCCUCCCCCACUGCCGCACCAUGAAGAACGUCCUCAACCACAUGACCCACUGCCAGACCGGCAAGUUGUGCCAGGUGGCUCACUGUGCGUCGUCCAGGCAGAUCAUCUCCCACUGGAAGAACUGCACGCGGCACGACUGUCCUGUCUGCCUGCCGCUGAAGAACGCCAGUGACGAGAGGAACCAGCAACUAUGUCGAUUCAGCGAUGGACUGCACCAAGCUCCAGCUACCCUCCCAUGUUGGCCCAACGCACGACCCGGUGACGCCCAAAAGGCCCCAGUCACCCAAGUGACAAACUACACGGACCCAAUCAAUCCUUCGAUUGGAUCAGACGAUGGGAAGAGCGACAAUGGUUGAGGAGCGUGUUCACCGUUCAACAGUUGGAUACGGUUUCGCCUCGUUCUGUUUGAACCCCCCUCCCUGCCAGAGCCCUGUCUCUGACCCCCCCACUGUUAGGUGAUGACACCUUCACCCUGCCCUCACACCUGUCCCUGCCCGAUCUCAGACACUAAAUAUAUUCCGCCUUCUUCCUGUUUGUUAUCCACCUCUCUGCCAGACCUCUGUCUCUAUCUCCCCCACUACUCUUCAGGAGUUGAUCAUAGAAUUGAUAAGGAUUCCCCUUCAUCCUGUUCUCCUGCCAGACCUGUCUAGCCCCCUGUUGUUCUUGAAGGUGUUAAUCACCGGAGCCGAUGAGGGGUUUGUGUUGGCAUCGAAUUUGUUUUGUCUGACAGUCCAACAUCGGAUCCCCUGCAGACCAACAAGCCUGGGCGGCUUGUGAUUGGCUUGAUUUAAAUAAUGGUAAACCAAUAGGAAUCAGUGGGUUCCAUAUUUUUGUUUGUGAACAGGACAGUUGGAAAUAACUGAUAUACUGUGUUUCGUUAUGAAGAGAAGAGUGGUGGUGGAACACAGAGUAGUGGCUCUCUUUUUUCUUUUAACACUGAGCAAGCCAGGUGUUAAUAAGAGGGCUACAUAAUCUGAACUUCUUCACAAUCCUUAGGAUUGAGCAUCAUUGUCUAUUCAAACUGCAAAUCAGUGUCAACUGUAUCGCAUCACUACGUUCAUUAUUGUGUUCCUUUUUUUAACCAUUUGUAUUGAUUAUUGUCAGUUUAGUUGGUGAAUCAUUUCAACUUGUAAGGCUAUGUUAGAUGGUACUUUUUUAUCUUGAUUAAUUACAUUUUAAAACCGAAUAUUGAUAACUAUCAUUGCUCAAUACUUUUUAUGCUGAAUCAUGUGCUUCAUGCUCAUCUCCACGUAUGUGGAGAUGUUGGUAUAAGGGUUUAUAAUACGAUAGACAAACGGGAAGUAUGUGCAAUUUGAUGUAUACUUAUACAUCCAAUUAAAGAAACGGGAGGCUACUGCAUGAAGCAAUCUAAUUUAUUUGUCGAUGAGUAAAAAUCUAAAAUGGAUUGACUGGAAGGUACCAGAGAUGUAAAAUAAAACAAA